AUGCAGUCAUCAUUCAAGUUCGAAGUCCUCAUAAUGUACAGACAUUACUUGAAGCUUAUAAUGAAAAGACCUCUCGGAAUGAGAGAAAGCCUGCUGAUUCAAACUAGGAAUGAAUUCAAAAGAGGAGCCAAAAUUCCUCGAAAAAACAUUCCAGAAGUCGAUCAUUUUUAUAGCACAGCUGAAAGAAAAUUGCAUGAACUUCGAGAGAGUAAUAUUGAAAGAGUGUCAACUUUUACGCCGAGACAAAAAAAAUAG